UAUAAUUCAAUUAAUGUUAAUAAAUAAUAAUUCCACGGCUGUUGUUUCUCGCAACCACAAUUCCGCAAUCUAAGCGGAGUUGAAGGGGCUGAAAAUGAUGCUGCAUUUUGUACAGCCGUCAAAGCUGAAAACUAAACAGAUAGUGUUUGAGGAUAUAUAUGCUGCAUGUGAUUCUGCAACGCUUGAGCAUCUUAAGGAAUUAAGCUCAAAGCGUAGAGCAAUUGAAGAGUCUAGCAAUGAGAGCCGCACCAUUACAGAAGCUAUUGCGAGAGAAAUGUAUGGAGGGUUUGUAUCUCGCCAUGAACAGGAUAUUCACAAAAUAGAGCAGUAUCUACCAUUAUUGGCAAAUUUGUUUCCUUAUGCUGAUGGAAUAAGCACCAAAAAUCAAAUGGCUCAAUGGACCUCCGCUCUUAAGAUACGCUGGAGUAGUGCUCUGAGCUCAUCUUCUUUCUUCAAUUUCAAGGGCCCUAAAUUUUUCCAAAUUGACAAUUUACGAUUUGAGCUUGGUAUGACCCUUUUUCUUUAUGGUGGAAUCCUGCGAGAGAGGGCUUUAGAAGUUCUGUCAGAUGAUUUGGUUCAGUCUGCCACCCUUUUCAGACAAGCUGCUGGCAUUUAUCAUCACCUGGCACAUGAUGUUCUUCCCCCCUUACAGCCUGAGUUGCCACCAGAAAAGUCACCAGAAGCUCUUGCUGCAGUAUCCACCAUUAUGAGCCUCAUUUGCUUGGCUGAGGCCCAGGCUGUAACUGUAAGGAAGGCUGAAGAGAAAGGCACUUCUUCAAGUCUCCUGGCAAAGUUGCAUCAUGGUGUUACAAUUUUUCUUGAAGAAGCUAUUGGGGUUUUUCAUACAGUUGUCAAGCAGUGCAAAGACAUUUCAUCACGCUUAUUGGAUUUUAUAUCUUUCUGCAAAUGCUUACACGAGUUGAAAGGUCAGCAAUAUGUUGCAGAAAGCCUGAAGGCUUCUGGGCAAAUAGGGGCUGCUAUUGGAGUUCUUGGUUCAACAUUGAUUAAUGUAAAAAAGAAGAUACCAGGAGAAGAGCCUUGGAGAUCUAUUUACCAAAAGCAAAUUCAUGAUGCUUCCGAAGUGCUAAGAAAGUUUGUACAUGAGAAUGAUUUAGUUUGGUUUGAGAAGAUCCCAUCAGGAGAUGAGUUACCCUUGCCUGAAGGUCAUAAAAUAGUCAAUUUUAUACCUUACAGUCCAAAAAGAUGGGAAAGACAACUUUCUUUCAAGAUUCAAGGGUAGAGGAAAAAUCACGUUAAGCACAUCUAUUUGGUCAUGGCUCUGGUGCUUGAACUGGAGUAAUUGGAUUUCUCACGAACCGGUUGGGAAAUUGAAAAAAAAUGGUUAUGGCUCAUCAAAGGAUAUCUUGUUUCCUUUCUGUUUUACACUUUUACUCCUCAAUUUGGUAUCUGAAAUGUACUCAUCAUGUUAUGUCCUUGCUCCUCUUUUAUUGUGUAGAGCUUGGCUGGCCAAAAGUUUUGCCAGAAUUAAAUUGUGGGAACCAGCAUGUGUCAAAAUUGCAACAUGCUAUUGAUUCAUGGA